AUGUCUUCCAUAUUUCACGUUCCAAUCCUUAUCCUUAUUGUGCUUAUUGCUUCACAGUGGUGGUAUUUAAAUCAAGAAAGAACAUUGAAUCAAUCAUCAUCACCAAAUAUCGAUCUCGGCUUACUCUCAAAGGAUUGUUCCUCUCAACUUGUUAAGAAUUUCUACUUUGAGAAGGCUUUGAGCCAAUAUAAGGAAAAAUGUCUUGUUGAAAAGAAGUGUGGUUCAGAAUCAUUAGAAGGUAGUGCUGAGAAUGUAAUUAAGCAGAUAGACGAAUUAGUUUCCAAUCAAAAAAAGCAAGCCUUGGAAAGAAGAUGCAACAACCUUAUUAUUCAUUCCGAAAAUGUUCAAAUUCUUCCAAAGCAAACAAUUGUUGAUCCAAAACUUGAUGCAAUUUGUGGUAAUUCAACAGAAUGCAUUCAAACUGUUCAUGAAAUGAUCAUUUAUCAUCAGGCCUUUGCUUUUGCAGUUCAAAAGCUAAAGUUGGAUCAAGAAAGUGUUAAGAGAUUUUUACAAUUACAAAUCACCAAUCUUGGAGAGAAGGCAAAUUCAAUUUUGGAAUUUAUCAGAAAUCCUCAAGGUAUUGAGGGUCCAUCUGGUUUUUCCAUUUCCUUGAAGCCAACACAUUCCAGCCAUCACUCAUUCAUCCAAUCAGUUUUUUAUGGUUUGAUGGCAUUGGCUUUGGGAUGGUUGUAUUUAAUGUUCUGUACAUUUGUUCAAGUAGAAGAUGAUUACUCGAAGAAAAUGGCAGAGGCAACUAGAGAGACAGAUGAAUUGAAAAAGAAAUUGAAAGAGGCAACAGUAAAGGUUCUCGAAAAAGAAUUGGAAAAAGAAAAACAAAAGAUUGAAGAGUACGAAAGAACUAUUACUGAACUCAAAAAUUUACUUUCCGAAAUGAAUAAUGAGUUGAUGGAAGACAAGUCAAUAGAAUUAGAGGCAGAACUGAAAGUUGUAAAGGAGUCUAACAGCAAGCUUUUGAAAUGCAUGGAAGAAAGAGAUGAACAGAUAACUAGCCUAGAGGAAGAAAUUAAGGGUUUGAAGUCUCAAACCGAAACUCUUUCUGAAGAGGCAAAGAACUUGAAAGAAUCAUUGAAAGAAAAGGAUAAUGAAGUUGUGAUAUUGACAGAAUUAGUGAAAUCUGAAGAUCAACUUUUGCAAGUUGACCAGGCUGAAAUUAACAAUUUGAGUAGUAUUGUUAAUCAAGCAGAUGAAGGAAUUACUUAUCUUAAAAACGAUUUGAAUACUAUUAGAACUGUUCUUGCUAGCACUGAAGAAAAGCUUAAUAAGUCUGUAAAGGAGAAGGAAAGAAUCUAUGAUGAAUAUGAAACUGUUCAAAGGGAUGUAAAGAGAUUAACAGAAGAAAAGCUUGAAAUGGAGAAGGAAAUCCAAAUGUUAAAGCAAAGAAGCCCUCGUACAUUCAAAUCUUCACCAUCAAGGGAGAAGGAAGAAAAUAGGCGAUUGAAGGAGAAGAUUGAAUUAUUGGAAAAGAAACUCAAGUUAUCUUUGAAAAAGAUUCCAUCUGAUCAAAAUCUCAUCAACAACCUACCAAUCAUCAAUACAACAGCUACCACGCCUUCCAGUUCUUCAACAAGUACUUCACCAAGCACUGAACAGGAUAAGGAUGAAUUAAUCAAACGAUUGAAGGAAAAGCUUGAAAUUAAGGAAAACAAAUUGAAGGCUGCCAUUGUGAGUAAGCUUGAAGUUGUUGAAAGACUCAAAAACUAUGAAGCAGAUGCUCACUUCAGCACAGCUUCUGUUGGACCUGGAGCUAAUCAACCACAUCAGCAACCACAACAACCAGUACAACAGAAAGUGGCAACUCCAAGAAAUAACAAGAAGAAUUUGUAA